GCCGGCGUCCGCCCUGCUAUGUAGGGCGGCGUUUCCCGUGAGCCCGCGGGCGCGCGAGGACUACGACUCCCGGCAUGCUCAGAGGCCACGGGAAUUAACCCUUCAGGGCCCGCGGAUGCCCUGCGCCCCGCCUCCGCCCCUUACCUGGACCCCGCAGGAGAUGGGUGCCCCCAUCAGCACACUGUCCUUUGGCCACCGGACAUCAUGCCUCCCAAGAAGGAUGUUCCCGUGAAGAAACCAGCAGGACCCUCUAUCCCCAAGCCUGCUGCCAAGCCAGCAGCAGGGGCCCCUCCAGCCAAGACCAAGGCUGAGCCAGUGCCAGCACCAGUGCCAGCUGUCCUUCCAACCCCUGGGAAAACCCAGGAGCCCCCCAUCGAUCUCUCCAAAGUGGUGAUCGAGUUUAACAAGGACCAGCUGGAGGAGUUCAAGGAGGCCUUCGAGCUGUUUGACCGAGUAGGGGAUGGAAAGAUCCAGUACAGCCAGUGUGGGGAUGUGAUGAGGGCCCUGGGCCAGAACCCUACCAACGCCGAGGUGCUCAAGGUCCUGGGGAACCCCAAGAGUGAUGAGCUGAAGUCCCGGCGUGUGGACUUUGAGACUUUCCUGCCCAUGCUCCAGGCAGUGGCCAAGAGCCGGGACCAAGGCACAUACCAGGACUACCUGGAGGGGCUUCGGGUGUUUGACAAAGAGGCGAAUGGCAAAGUCAUGGGAGCAGAGCUCAGACAUGUCCUCACCACCCUGGGAGAGAAGAUGACUGAAGAGGAGGUGGAGGCAGUUCUGGCAGGACAUGAGGACAGCAACGGCUGCAUCAACUAUGAAGCCUUCCUGAAGCACAUCCUAAGCGUCUGAGCUCCACAGGUGCAGUGGGGUCGGAUACUUCCCCCCUCCCGCCCCCGCAGGCGAAAGCAAGUUCCUGCCACCAGGAGGCUAUUGUUUCAAAAUAAAGAGACGGUUCCUCCCUUGGUC